AUGAGUGCCAACUUCAAUGACCCCGCGGCCAAUGCCCCCGAUGCGGCUGCGUACAAGGGCAAGGGCAAGGCUGAAGACCCUUCGGUCGAGAUGAGCAUGGAUGAGGAGGAGAGCGAGGAGAGUGAGAAUGAAAAUGAAGAGCUGGUUCCUGAAGACGAAGACGAGGGUCAGGGCAACCUCGAACCCAUCUCCUCCGAUAACAUAAUCCAAGGCGGCCGCCGCACACGUGGCAAGAACAUUGACUUCCAGGAAGCGGCUGAGAAAACCAAGAACGAGGAGAUGGACGACGACGAUGACGACGAGGACUUUGCGCCUCAGGACAAUGACGAGGAGAACGAAGAUGACCAGAUGCGCGACUAA